CCAGAGUUUGUCCAGAAGAAGGUCAGAAAUAAUGGUGUUGAAAGGGGGCAUAAGUGUUGGGACCAUCCUGCUCUUGUACGAUAAAGUGCACAGCUAAGUUGAAGGCAUCAUCUACAUACCUGUUCGCCCAUUUUCAGUUAUAGGUCAGGAAAGAGGUUAGACAGUAAACUACAGUGAUAUUUACAGUGUAUUUUUCCAGACAAAAAUCAUAUUCAAAACGAUCAUACUGGGGGAAAAGGGUAGGAACAUACGUUUUUUGUCCCUGUUUCCAGUCGAACAUCUAAGCCGUUGCAAACGAAACGGUUGCUAAGAGACCUUACCAUGCUGUCAACAAAACAGCUAAAGCAGUGACAUUAUCAUUAUUUGUUAUGAACAGCAUAAUUAUCACUAUAAUACAUGUAAGCUGUUGGUCCUUCUGAAUAUCACCGACCCGUACCCCCGUAUUAGACAAAUACAAGUUCUGGGUAAUGAUUCUCUCUAGGGUUAAGCCAGCUAUCGGUGGAGAUGCUCAAGUCAACAAGAGAAGCAAAGGAAAAGGAUCCCCAUUAGUGGAAGAUUAUCUCAGUCAAAGAGACUAUGUUGGAGCCACCACAUUACUUGAAUUUCAACGUAGCAUUGGAGAGCGAGGGGAGGAUGCAGACCUGUGGUUGGCAUACUGUGCUUUUCACCUGGGUGACCACAAACGAGCAAUGCAGGAGUACAAGGCUUUAACGGAGAAGCCAGACUGCCGUCCAGAUAUAUGGGUGUAUUUGGCAUGCACCCUCUUCUUUCUGGGUUUCUACAAAGAGGCAGAAGAGGCAGCCAAUAAAGCUCCCAGGAGUCAGCUUCAGAAUCGGCUUCUAUUCCACUUGGCACACAAGUUCAGUGAUGAGAAAAGGCUGAUGGGCUUCCACCAGAAACUGGAGGACGUGACUGAAGACCAGCUCAGCUUGGCCUCCAUCCACUACAUGCGCUCACACUACCAGGAGGCAAUUGAUAUCUACAAGCGCAUCCUACUGCAGAACAGGGACUUCCUCGCCCUGAACGUGUAUGUAGCUCUGUGUUACUACAAGUUGGACUACUACGACGUCUCCCAGGAGGUCUUGGCAGUAUACUUGCAGAAAGUUCCAGACUCGACAACUGCCCUCAACCUCAAGGCCUGCAACCACUUCAGGCUCUAUAAUGGCAAGGCAGCUGAGGCAGAACUGAAGAACCUGAUUGACAUAUCUUCCUCCGCUUUUGAAUUUGCCAAGGAGUUGAUCAGACACAAUUUGGUGGUGUUCCGGAAUGGGGAAGGGGCUCUGCAGGUGCUUCCUCCUCUUGUUGAUGUGAUUGUUGAGGCCAGACUCAAUCUGGUCAUCUAUUACCUCAGACAAGAUGAUGUUCAGGAGGCCUACAAUCUCACCAAAGACAUGGAGCCCACCCAGCCACAGGCUGAAGGCAGUGUUAGGCUUAAUAUACAUCAGCGUACAGAAUACAUAUUAAAGGGGGUGGUACAUGCAGCUCUCGGUCAAGAAGUGGGAUCGAGGGAUCACUUGAAGAUCGCACAGCAGUUCUUUCAGCUGGUCGGAGGCUCCGCAAGUGAGUGUGACACAAUUCCUGGCAGGCAGUGCAUGUCGUCUUGUUUUUUCCUGCUCCGGCAAUUUGAGGACGUGCUCAUCUACCUCAACUCUAUCAAGAGCUACUUCUACAAUGAUGAUACCUUCAAUUUCAACUAUGGCCAAGCAAAGGCUGCUGUGGGCAACUUCAAAGAAGCAGAGGAGAUUUUCCUGUUGAUCCAGAGUGAGAGGAUAAAGAAUGACUAUGUGUACUUGAGCUGGCUGGCACGUUGCUACAUUAUGAACCAGAGGCCGCGACUCGCCUGGGAGCUCUACCUUAAGAUGGAGACGUCAGCAGAUUCCUUCAGCCUACUGCAGCUUCUUGCCAAUGACUGUUAUAAGAUGGGACAGUUCUACUAUGCAGCAAAGGCAUUCGAUGUCCUGGAACGUUUAGAUCCAAGCCCAGAGUUCUGGGAGGGCAAGAGAGGUGCAUGUGUGGGGAUCUUCCAGCUUAUUCUGGCGGGUCGAGAGCCAAGAGAAACAUUGAGGGAAGUCCUGCCCUUGUUGAGAAACACAGGGAACCCACAGGUGGAGUACAUCAUCAGGAUCCUGAAGAAGUGGGCCAAGGACAACAGGGUGUCUCUGUGAGACGGCUUUAUUUAUUAAUCUGAACUGUGUGCCUUGGCAGAGACACACCAGUGUCUUCCAAAUAGUCAAAUGAUUUCCCAAAGUGCCUGUCUGCAUUGUUCAACACAACGUUUGACCAUUGUGAUAUUGUGCAAAUCUGUGAUGGUUUCAAAUGUGUUUUGACACACAUAUAUGCAUCUUUAAAGUAGUAUAGUGUGAAUAAUUUGUAUAAUAAAAGAUACAUUGUUGUAAGAUAUAUUGAGACAAAUAUAUUAUUUGUUUGUUUCCUGUCCAGUACAUUUUUUAUAUUGUUUAUUAUAAUGUAUUAAGUGAUAAUUACAGGUGAAACAGAAGUAUGUGGUUUUGUAUGUGGCUAUUUCAUGAUAGCCAAUGCACCACAGGACGAUCAUAUAGUGCGUCAUUUUUUUUUUUUUUUUUCAC